UGGUGUUAUACCUGAGUUCUGCACUCAGUUUCUCUCUCUCUCUCUCUCUCUCUCUCUGGUGUGGGGUCUUCACUUAUAUGGACAGCUAUUGCUGAUUUACUGCUUUUGUCCCCAUAGUCUCAGCUGCCGCAUUCAUGGCGCCCCCCUUCCGUCUCUCUUUCUAUCUCUCUCUUCACGACCCAUUUCUUUUUCCUCGCAUUCCCACCAUUUUUUUUUCCUGAAUUUAACGUCUGAUUCUUGUUGACAAAACUCCAUUCUUUUGUGUUCUUGCACUUUCCAAUAAUUUUUUUUCUGUGGGUAUUUAUCACUGCUUCUGGGAAAGUCAGUUACAGAGCAAGCAUGAGAAAAGGGGUGGAUCAAAAUCUCAAUCUUUAUUUUCUGAAUGUGAUUCUGCUUCUUUUCUGCUUCCAUGAAGUCUGUUGCAGCUCGUUGGAUAAUCUGGCAAGUUCUAUGAGAAUGGAUAAAAAGGCAGAUGCUCUUUUGCCUGAGAUAUCCCCAGAUGCUGCUCCUCAGCCCCUUCUUCCUCUUCUUGCACCUUCUCCAUUGACACCAUUUACAAAUAGCACGGUCCCAAAAUUAUCAGGACUCUGCAUGUUAAACUUUGACGCUGUUGAAAGCAUGAUGAACAUGACAUCAACUGAUUGUAUGGCUGUUUUUGCGCCAUUUCUAGCUAAUGUAAUAUGCUGUCCACAGUUGGAAGCCACUCUAGUCAUUCUCCUUGGUCAAUCUAGCAAAGAUACUAAUAUGCUUGCUUUGAAUGGGACUCAUGCAAAGCAUUGCCUCUCAGAUUUUGAGCAAAUUCUGGUUGGUCAGGGUGCCAAUAAUAACCUCCAGCAGAUAUGUGCUAUCCGCCCAUCAAAUCUUACUGAAGGUUCUUGUCCAGUCAAAAAUGUAAAUGAGUUUGAGAGCACUGUGGAUUCUUCCCAGCUUCUGUCAGCAUGUGGAAAAAUUGAUCUUGUGAAUGAAUGUUGUGAGCAAGUUUGUCAGAAUGCUAUAUCAGAAGCUGCUAAAAAGCUUGCAUUAAAAGCUUAUGAUCUGCUGAGUAUGGAUGGGUCUCAUGCAUUGUCUGACCACUCCACUCGGGUUAAUGAUUGCAAAAGUAUCAUACUUCGAUGGUUGGCAAGUAAACUUGAUCCGCCUCAAUCAAAGGGAAUCCUGAGAGGACUAUCGAAUUGCAAUAUAAAUAAAGGUGAGGCUAGAGCAAAUAGAACUUUUUUCAGAGUCUGUUGUAACAUGUAGGAGUCUUCAU